UCAUGACAACUUUGACAGAAGAUGAGACGGAAUUUUAAUCAGAGUCCUAGAACGAAAUAUUCCACGCUGAGUGAUUGGAAUUAAUUGUGUUGUAGAAUUUCUCGGUGUCUUAUCAACUUAAUCAGAACUGCAGCCUCCGCAGCUCUACCUUUUGACCAUAUGGCUCAGAGAUUUCAGAGAGAAAUGGAAAUUUCAACAUGCAGGCAUGGAAUUUAAUGUUUAAGAAGCUCUCAUCUUUGACGUAGCGAGUAAAUUUUGGAUAUGAUGGAAAUUUCUAAACUAUAAACAGAAUGGGUUAAAUGGUGCCUGAACCCAGGAUAUGAAUAAUAAUGAGGUGGACAUACAUACUUGGGACUUCUUCAGUAUAUGAACAGAUAAACUGCCCAUGUUAACAAGUUCAUAAGUCAGAAAGUUUAGUUCACUGACUCCAAAAAUAACAAUGGCUGGGAAUUCAGAGCGCACUGGAAGUCUGGGAAACAGUGAGAGUAAAGCCAAACCUGCGGGAGGAAUUCACAUACGUAAGGUAAAAGUCGCUCCCGUGGACCCUGCCCAAGAAGCGUCUUCCAGACCUGCCCACAAAUCGGCAUGGGACAAAGUGAAAGUGAGGUACCGAGAGGGAAAGGCGGCAUCGACAGAAACCAGAAUUGAGCACUUACAAAAUGUCCAACAGCCGAAAAUGUCAAAGUGCUUAGACAUUUCCUCAGUGUCAAAAGUGUUGAGGUCCAAAAAAUUCGCCGACCCUAAGCUAGAGAGACUUUACCAGAGGUACUUCUUCAAACUGAACCAGAACAAUUUGACAAUCUUGAUGGGAGUAUUGAGUGUAGUUAGCGUCCUGUUAAUUAUUUUUUAUUACAUCAGCGGUGCUACCCUCCCCGCCAGGGGGAUCAAUUUGGGGAUCAUUUUCUUUGCCUUGAUCGUGUUACAAGUCGUAUGUAACAAAGGGUCUUUUGACCAACAGCAAAUGGUGAUUGUUUCGUACAUCAUUCUGGCUCUAAUUUGUGGGAUUACAAUUUUGAUAACCCUGGAUAGUGACCCCCGGACAGUGAGUGAUGGAGUGUGGUGUACAGUUAUUUUUAUAUACCUCAUAUACACCAUGCUGCCGAUAAGGAUGCGAAUGUCUGUGAUUUCCGGAUUUCUUGUAGCGUUAAUUCAUUUAGGUUGCACUCUAGGUCGGAAUAUUGGUGAUUCCUUUAUAUGGAAACAGCUGCUGAGUAAUGUCCUAAUAUUUGUGUCUGUAAAUGUUGCUGGAAUUUUUACCCAUUACCCAACGGAGCAGGCCCAAAGGCAAGCAUUUUUAGAGACCAGACGCUGCAUUGAGGCCCGAUUGACAACACAGAGAGAGAACCAAGAACAGGAGAGACUUCUAUUGUCGGUGUUACCGAGGCAUGUUGCCAUGGAGAUGAAGGCUGAUAUUGCAGGAAACACGAAAGAUACCAUGUUUCACAAAAUCUAUAUACAGAGACAUGAAAAUGUCAGUAUCCUGUUUGCUGACAUGUGUGGAUUCACUCAGUUGUCCUCUCAGUGUACAGCCCAGGAGCUCGUGCAGCUUCUCAAUGAACUGUUCGCACGAUUUGACCGCUUGGCCGCUGACAACCACUGUCUGAGAAUUAAGAUCCUUGGAGACUGUUACUACUGUGUGAGCGGACUUCCUGAGCCCCGUCCUGACCACGCCCAGUGCUGUGUCGAGAUGGGACUGGACAUGAUUGAUGCUAUCUCGUUAGUGAGGAAUGUGACAGGGGUGGAGGUCAAUAUGAGGGUGGGAAUUCACAGUGGGCGUGUCCAUUGUGGGGUCAUAGGUCUCCGGAAGUGGCAGUUUGAUGUCUGGUCCAAUGAUGUGACACUAGCCAACAAUAUGGAGGCAGGUGGAGUUCCAGGGAGAGUUCACAUCACCAAGGAAACGUUACACUGUCUCCAUGGAGAAUACGACGUAGAACCUGGAAACGGAGUGGAGAGAAAUGCCUUCAUUAAGGAGAACAAGAUCGAGACAUUUCUGAUCGUCGCUGAUCCGCAUAAAACCAGGGGAAAACCCAAGACGUUGCCAAACAUGAGAAGUAGGAACUCUCUGGCCAUUCACGGAACAUCCAAAGACAUGAAGCUUAUGGGGUACAAUAACGAUAGGAAUGCCAACAUUCAUAACAAGCUGGGGUUUGGAGACAACAUGGAAACCAAAGAUCCUGAUGAGGAGGUCAAUGAAUAUCUGGGUCGAGCCAUCGACGCUCGAAGCAUCGACCGACUCCGCUCAGAGCACGUCAAAGUCUUUCCGCUCAAAUUCUUGAAGACUGAUUUAGAAGAGAAGUUUCACCGAGUCCGUGAUACCAUGUUUGUAUCACAUCUGGCUUGUAAUCUUAUCUUGCUCAUCUUAAUUUGUGCCAUUCAACUUGUCAUUUUUCCUCAUUCCAUUAUGAUGAUCUUUUUGUUUCCUUUCACGGUCACCAUUACCACGUUUCUGUUCCUCUUGGUUUUCUGUGAAAAAUUUAUGUGUACUCCGAGGGUGUUGCAGAAAGUAGCCACGACAAUAGCUGUCCAUAAAUGGCUGAGUGAGCUUGUUUAUGUAUUGGCUGCCAUGUGCCUGUAUGUUAGUGCCUUCACUUCUAUGGUUAUGCUGGAUACUGGUGAUUUAGUAUCUUGUCUACAGAAUCUCUAUAACACAGAACACAUCAACAUCUCACUGAUCAAUCUUGCCAACAUCACAAUGGGGGUAGAAGUUAAUGUCUGUCACCCCACUGUAGCUACCUCACAUUUUCCAGAAUAUUUUAGUUUUUGCGUGGUACUAUCCAUGGUGGCCUGCGCUGUUUUUGUCCACAAUAGCAGUGUGAUAAAGAUGGUGCUGUUAAGUGUCAUGUCUGUCAUUUACCUGAUUGUCGUAGAAGUCUUCUUCAUCUCAGUGUUUGACAACAGGGAUAUUCUAGUCCGAGCCAAUGUUGGGAGAAGUUUAAAUGAGAAAGGUUCUUCCAUUGCUCUGAAGUGGGAGACCAUUAUUCUGUUCAUUGUGCUUACCAUUAUUCUAUCCAUCCAUGCUCAGCAAGUGGAAUCCACUGCCCGUUUAGACUUCUUGUGGAAAAUUCAGGCUACUGAAGAGAAGGAAGAGAUGGAGAGUUUACGCGCCUAUAACCUACGACUGUUAGCCAAUAUUUUACCCCUUAAUGUGGCAGAACAUUUCCUUAAAACUCAGUUCAAAAAAGAUGAGGAAAUGUAUUACCAGGACUGUGACAAUGCCUGUAUCAUGUUUGAACUGGAGGAAUUGGAGGCAAAUAAUGAGGGAGUGGAGUGCCUUCGUUUGCUUAACGAGAUCAUCGCUGAUUACGAUGAGAUUCUGGGUCAAGAGAGAUUUCGAUGCAUAGAAAAGAUCAAAACCAUAGGAUACACUUAUAUGGGGGCCUCGGGCCUGACCCCCGAGACCAACUACUCGGACAUGAGUCACGUGGUAGCCAUGGCCGAGUUCGCCUUCUCCAUCAGAGAUCUCCUUCAAAACGUCAAUCAACAUUCAUUUAACAACUUCAAGAUGAGAGUGGGUAUGAAUGUUGGUCCUGUAGUGGCCGGGGUCAUUGGAGCACGAAAGCCUCAUUAUGAUAUCUGGGGCAACAGUGUAAAUGUGGCCAGUAGAAUGGACAGUACAGGGGUACCAGAUUAUAUACAGGUCACGAGUGAGGUGUAUAACAUUCUUUCUGUCAAAGGUUACACCCUCCAGUGUAGAGGAAUGGUCAAGGUCAAAGGUAAAGGGGACAUGCUGACCUACUUUUUAACAGGCCGGCCCCAACCACCACUGACUUCAAUUCAGGAAACUGUGUCACAGACUAAAUCAAACAACGAGAGGUCAUAGGUGAACAGUGAGAGGCCAUAGGGUGAACAAGGAGAGGUCAUAGGGUAAAUAGGAUGAGAUUUAGUGAAGAAAUGAAUUAAGUUCUGACACGGAAGAAAACAGGGGAUACAGAAUACCAGGAGAAAGAUGAUAUGGUGUAACAAGUUUAUCACUGGAAUAAAUAUAUUCUGAUAGGUAGAGGGGAAAUGGAAAGAAAAGAAAGCUUAUUGGUAGACAAAAGAAAAAAAACAAAAAGUUAGGUUUAUAACCAUAUGUCAAAGCAAACAUUCAUGGCAUUUGAAUGGUGAAUUUAUUUAAUAUGCGGUAAACUGAACUAAAAUCUGCAUGAUGUAAACCACAGGAAAUCAACAUAAAUUAUGUGUGUCAUGCUGUUGUUCAGUUUGCCUGUCUUAUGAUGCUUAUAUUUCAGCUUCAUUCUAUACUUUGCGGUAACAUUUAUUUUUGUUAAACCAUGCACUUCAUUCAUAUGUUAGGAAUUUACAGUAGAACUUGUUAUAAAGAAUCUGAUUAUAAGGAAAUCUCUGUUAUAAGGACAGUUAUAAAUAAUAUGCUUUCAUGACUUGUCACUGUGUUCCUAAUGGACUUUUUUGAGAAGCACUGACUUUCAAAUAAAAAGGAAAUAAUUCAAGAAUUAUGUGUAUCAAUUUCUUGACAAUUUAAAAGCAAAAGUUUUGUUUUAUGUAAAUUAUAAAUAUUUAUUAAAUAUAUGUGCAUGUGCAUACAAUGUAAUGUAAAACUUUCCUGUUUGUUCUGUGAUAAAUUGUUAUCUAUUUAUUAUAUACCUACAUAUGUAUGCAUAUUUCAAAUGAUGUGCAAUUUUGAUGUUUAACUUUUAUAAUUUUGUGAACGAUAGAUUUUUAAACUGUUUGAAGGCGAGCACAAUCAUAUUAAAAAAGAAAAAUCUGUAUUCUAUAUUAUUAUUUAUUUUAAAUAUAAUUUAUUGUGUAGAAAUUAUACAGCUUUGCCGUCCAUUUAAAUCAG